AUGAAGUGCCACAUCAACAUCGACCAAGGCGCUACACAAUGCGAUCGUUGCAUUCGCAAAUCUCUCGACUGCGUCUUUCGAAAGCAUCGUCGAGGACGUCGCCCGGCUAUAAAAGCCUCCUCGCUGUCUGAACAAGACUCAACCCCUACAAAUCCCAAUGAUGGUCAACUCCGCCGCUUCUCCUCAGAAGGGUCCAAACAUCAGACUUUCUGGGAUCAGUCCGAGACAUUUCAGCCACCUGACCUACUCAACAAAGAUGCUAUGAAAGGCGAUUUUUCUUUAGAAAAGGUCUUGAGCACUAAUGUAGGAGCCAAGGCUGCGAGAAGACCAUCAGCAGACAAAGCAGACAAAUCCAGAGACCCACUCAGCUUGGGCAUUGUUAACAACCAUGUUGCCACGUCUCUGUUCGAUGUCUUCAUGCGCAAACUCAACAACUACAUCUGCCAAUUAGACCCCAACUUACAUACGUUUACAUCGGUUCAGGAAAAGUCGCCAUUUCUCCUCACUGCAUGUCUUGCAGUGGCCGCCAAGGUUCUCAACCCAUCCGUCUAUCCUUAUCUCAAAGAACAUGCAGAAAAAUUGAAAAUGGAAUGCUUUCGGCGCGGAGACAAAUCCCCAGAAAUUGUCCAAGGCAUACUGAUUCUUACCUACUGGAAAGAAUCUGAUGAUACAAGAGCAUGGCUGUCCGUGGGAUACGCUAUCCGAUUGUGUAUGGACCUUGGCUACUACAAGUUUUCCCCCGAAGAGCCCGAGGAGGAAUCAGAACUUGCGGUUCGCGAAAGGCGGAAUGCCGAACGAACUUGGCUCGUUCUGUUUGUCUAUGAUCGCAGCAUCAGUUUACAAACUGGCAAACCUCGAAUGAUUGAUCGAAGCAACUUUCUGGAAACCGCUCCUAACACCUGGUACAAGCAUCCACUUGCUCUCCCCAGCGAUGUGUUACUCUGUGCCUUCGUAGCUCUCCGUCUCCUGACCUCAGGACUCUUCGAGCUCCUGGAAGGGCAAAGUGAUUCUGCAAGGAACAUCGAUCCCUUGCUUGCAAUCCUACAGAGACAAGUGCAAGCCUGGCAAGACCACUGGCUAGAAAUCGCAGAAGCAGCAAGGUGUGAACGAUGUAACAUACUACUCAUCCAGUUUUACGGCCUGCACCUUCGAUUAUUGCUGUGGUCUUUCCUGCUGAAGCCUUCCCUUCCUCAAAGUGCCUCGCUUCCGCCCACCAAAGCCCCGGCGAUUUGGGCUAGCCAUACGAACGCAUUAGAAAUGCUAAGACUCGUCUCACAACCGGACAAUUCGCCACUUUUAUUCUUUGCCCAAGACUCAAUUCAUGUCAUGAUUGCUUACGCGACUGUCUUCGUUGUCAAGGUUAGUCGUUAUUUGUUCCUCUAUCUGCUGAAAACUUUUACCAACCUCGUCAUACAGCUUCUGCUCUGCGUGCCGAGGGAGGUUCAGAUCGAGCUCGAGGGAAUCACCGUGGAAACGAUCCGUACUACAGCGCAAUCGUUCAAUAAACAAGUUGCGCCGGACAAGUCAAGUUGCUGGCUUCAGGCACGAUUCCUACAAAAGGUCCUCCGGGAAUUUAACGAAGCGGCACAGCUUCGCCUGCGUAAUGAGCAAGAGGCCGACAUUGCUCGAACCAAACUGAACCAAUAUCAGAGCCAUGACCAUCCUGCUGUCGUGCAGCCGGCCCCUCCUCCAGCUCCACCCCCUUCAUCGAUGCUCAUUGACUCUAUAGUCAAUUCGAUAAAUUCCACCGACAGCAAUACAACCGGAAUGGUCGGGGUUGGUCUGCAAUCUCGGUCGUACCAGCCGCCGCAUGACAUGUCCAUCUCGGCCACGCCGCUACCAGAAGAUGGACAGCCGGAAUUUGUCUUCAGUGAUGAUACUCACUGGGAGACCAUGUUUGCCAACGCGGGUUUCAACAUUGCCAACGGCACAUUUAUGCCUGAGGUGUAUUCCACGUUUGAGUAGAACAUUACGCCUUUUGAGAUUAUGUUGCUAGGGUACUGAGUGUUGCUCACAACGAUCACUACGGCUAGCAACAAAACGCUGAAAAGCAGUACUCCUAUGAUCGUAUACGAGUGGAAAAUGAGCACAGCCCAGCUUAGCUCGAAACUUGAUGCAAU